GCAACGUUUAGUGCGUUGCAGCAUGAUUCACGCUUCGGCAGCAAUAUGUGAAAGUGUAAAGUGACGAUGUCGAAAUGCUGGCUGAGGGUAAUACUGCAGGGGCUUCUGCUCCUGCGGGCCCUCUUAGCCGCGGAGGACCUCACCACUCGCCAUCCCGAUAUGGUGGGGCGUGGGGACAAGAUGUAUGAUGAUCGUUGUAACAGCACAAAUGACUGUGGAUUCUGGGGGUCUGUUUGUGCUGCAAUGGGAAGAUGUCAUUGCUCACCAGAGUAUCCGAUCAGCAACCACCUCGACAAAUGCGGCAAAUCGGCACGAGUGAACGAAUCUUGCACCUUUAACGAACAAUGCGAAUAUUUAAAUUCUGUAACUACCUGCAGAGAUGGAUUAUGCACUUGUAAAUUCGACCGUCAGCCGAUUAUACACCCCGAUGGAAGGAGCGAGUGUAUAGUUAUUGAAAACACAUCAAACGACGAAUUUGUUGCACCUACGAUGAUAGGAAUUUUAGUUGCGAUGGCCGUAAUGUUCAUCAUUAUAUGCAUCGUUUUCCGGUUAUUUAGCAAUGCAAGAUGGCGAGAAAACAGGACCAUUUUUAAUACACCUAAUCCGAGAUUAAUGAACGUUUCCUUGCUACGAGACAGCAAAAUAUUGCAUCAAGAGAGACGAAGUUCCAGAGGAAGCAUUCGGGGCCCGAGCAGACCACCUAGCAUGCCGUCGUUAGCACCACAUUCUCCCGGCUCAAAGGGAAGCCACGGAUCAGUCGAUUCUCCUCGCUCAAACAAGAGUUCUCCAGGGCACAUCAACUCUGGAAGCGCAGCAACCACGCCCAUGUUAGAAAGCGUUACCGUAGAAGUUCGUAAUCCAUAAACGAAACAUGUGAUUGUUAUAAUACAUAUAAUUAUAACACGCAAAAAUUUAAAUUAGAACAUGACAAGGAAUAUUAGGGAUAGUGAGUUGAAUGUAUAUGACAAGUUGGACGCAUCACUGUUCGUAACAUUCCUUGCUUGCUUAAUUUUAAGGACUUAUGUAUCAAAUAAAUACCUUACAAAGUGAUGUAGGGGACCAUUGAAUCUUGUCCAAAAAUGUUAAAAAUUCUUGCGUAGAGAAAUUCUCAGCUUAACUAUUCCUUUUUUAAAACAUUUAAAUGUUUGUAUUAAUGCUAGGUGUUAAAAAAUUCAUUACGCACAUUAAGUUAAUCAGACACGCCUUACACAUAUCUUAAAUUCUACAGCGAGCUAUAAACAACGGUGUUAGCUUGGCUUAAAUUACUGAUAUAAUAUAAUACAUUAAAAAUAAUGAUAAUAAUAGCAUAAUAUUUUCAAACUAUAUUGUAUCUAAUUUCUCUUUACUAGGUUUGGUGGUUCAAAAAAAUACUGGGAAUUUUUGUGAUACUACCAAGCUGUGAUUGUAAGUAGCUGCUCUCUUAGUAUA